AAAAAUUCAAUGACUCUCUCUUUUCGCUGUCCGUCGUCCCACCUUCUUUUUUUCUUUCUUUUCUUUCCCAAUGUUUGCCCAUACACAACCCGUCAUCGAUGUAACCCUGCCACCUCAAAUCGUCGUUCCUGACUUAUACCUUGUCACAGGCCAUGCACUGAUGUUGUGGUUCGAUUACCUUGCCGUUCGCCAUCUACAGCCAAUCAUAGGUGCUAUCCGACUACGCCUUUUCCUCGCCGCCAUACAUAUUUCCAUCCCACUUGUAUUUGCCUGUCCUAGCGAACUCUUGAACAAUACAUUGUUGGGAACACCGUGGUACGCUGCAUCGUACAUUGUAUAUUUUGCUGACAAGAACUUCAGUUUCCGCGAAUCACUUGCAAAUGUUGGCAGUACGUUGCUUGUGUUUCAAGAGAACCAGCAGGCGACAGGAUAUGUUCGAAUUCAGGGCCUGGCCAAGAUAGCCCGCGGUGUGUUCAAAUGGGCCCUGAUGAAAUCCUUGGUGGAUCCAUGGCUUCCACAUGGCUACUCACAAAGACUCUUGGCGAUCCCUUACUGGAGCUGGGAAAGUCUGUGGUUGACCGCUUUAAUUGGAUUCAAGGUGUAUUGCAUCAUGGGGCUAGCUGAUAUUGGCGUUGGUAGUAUCCAGUGCACACUGGGUGUUCCAAUAUAUGACAUAUUCGAUUCACCUAUUUUAGCCCACAGUCCGCGAGACUUUUGGAGGUAACAACAGUUCUUAUAGUUUUAACGCACACGAACGUAUAUACCCCUCCACCUAUUUCAGGCUCGCCGUUUACAUUUAUUAAACCGUUUGUUUUAUCGUUAAAUAGUCGACGUUGGAAUCGCAUCGUUCACAAAAUCUACCAUCAGCAAAUCUUUGCUGCAACAAUCAAAUCAGGCAA